CAAUGCAUGUUUGUCACCGACUGGCUUCCGGUGGCCUGCUUAAAAGCCAGGGUCCCCGAGCCAGCUGAUCAUCCAGCCUCAAACAGCUGAUCGAGCAAGUAACAUCUACAGAAGCAAGUUUCUCCAUCCAGAAAAAACCUGAAGUACAGAUUAUCCGCAAUGGAAGUAACAAGACUAGUGUCCGUUUGUCUGUCCGUCCUCGUCCUGUCCCAGGUCUUGCUGGCCAAUCCCUACGGGUCACGUGACACCGACACUGCCCUCGGUGAAGAUGUUGCCAACCUCGCCCAGGAUCUCGUGAGAUUAUUUGAGGACGCUCGACGCGAGAGUAGUGAAAGUUCCGAUGAGCGUCGUGCCAAGAGAUACGUCCACUUCAACAUCGGCAGCGACCACCAGUUGCCCCGCCGCAGUUACCGCAAUCGCCGCAUCCACCAUGACCGUCGUCGUGCACGUGGUGGUGUUCAAGUGUCCAGAGUCUAAGCUGUCGCCGUGCAACACCCUCACAUAGAAACCUUGAUCUACUGUGACGUCAUAGUGUGAUGGCGUCAUAACGUGAUGAUGUCACAGUGACUCAAUGCUGUGAUAUAGCUGUCUCAUCAUUUCCGUUCUUCCCUCAAGGAGUGCCCUGUCAGGACAUUGUAAGGACUUUGAAAGUCAUGGUAUAAUUCUUAUAUCAACAUGUAUGUAGGUGUUUUUGUCGACAUACGAUUGCCUCAAACGCGGUGGUGUAUCAUUGAUACUGCAAUAUUGUUUUUGGUUUUAAGAUACGUAUUGUCUAACUCGGUUAUUUUUACAGCACCGUGACAAGGAAGCAUGGAGAUUUAAUAGGGCAUAUCUGGUGCAAUUUCUCCUUUAAAUCACAGUCACUAAAAUCUGCCACCUGAAAAUAGAAAUAUGUUUCUCUCAAGUGGACAAUUGCCAAUUGUGAUAGUAACUACCUGGCGUAGAAUGAUAACCAUUUAUUGUAUGUGGAUUGUACGAAUGGAAAGAAGAACGACUGUGGAAUGAAUGAGUGAAGAAAUGAAUGUAUGAAGAAAAAAAUCUCAUUUUGAAUCGAGAACGAUAGGGUAUAAUUCUGCGAAUUUAUCUCGUGUUAAUAGCAAUGUAUGAGUACAUAUGCUGCUCUAUUUAUGAGAUCUCAAAGAUCGCGAGUUCUGUUGCGUGAGUUGACGCGAAAACGCAGAGAAUGAUCAAAGUUGUUGUAUUUGUGUAAGUUAUAUGUUCGCCCUCUCAUACACCACAUAUGUUAGCGUGUCAAGGGAACUUUACUGUGAAUAUGUCCGUGAAGUAUUGCUUAAGUUAAUGUGAAUAAAUGAAUUACACUUAA